AUGUUUAAUAAAAAAAAAGACUAUAUAAAAAAAAAGUAUAAAGAUGUUCCUCCAUUAAAUAUUGGAGAUGUAAAUAGAGUAUUACAACAAUAUAGGAAUGAUGAAGACAAAUUUCGAAUGUUUACAUCAAUUUUAGAAAUAUAAAAAUAACAUUAAAUACGAACUCAUGAAAGUAAUACAGAAGAAAUACUUAGAAAAAAUGUUUAAAGAUUAAUUGAACUUUAUGGAGAUGUUGAUAUUAAUUAAGAUGCUCUUAAUAAUAUUUAUAAGAAUGUUGAUGAAAAUUAAGACAUACAAACAUAAAUUGAGAAAAUAGAAUAUGGUAAUAUAUUUUAAGGGGAUAUGAAUUCUUAAAUGAUAAGUAUUUAGAGAUAGAUUGAGAGAUAUGAUCAUUAUUUGAAUGUAAUUUAAACAAAAUUAUCUAAAAAUGUAUUCACAAAUUACUCUAGUUAUCUAAAAGCUUUAACUCAUAUAGACUAAAUUGGAAAUAUUAGUUAAGAAUUAAUUAUCAAGGUUAGAAGUAGUAGAGAAAAGAUGCAAACAACUUAAUAAAUUUUUUUAAAGCAAAGUAAAUAAAUUUUAGAGAAAAGACAAUAAGUUUUGAAUAUUCAAGUAAAAACAAAUAAUAUUAUUAUAGAACAUGAUUGAAACUUUAAAAAAAAUUAAAAAUAAUUUUGCCUUGCCUUAUGAAAGGUUUGUAUUAAGUAUGUAGAAUGGAUAUAUAGAUGCAUCAAUCUAUCUUCCUACAAUUAUAGUAUUGUUUAUUGAUUAUAUAGAAUGUUGAAAUAAUUGAUGGUUUGCAAUUGAUACCAAAAAAUUAUAAAGAAGAUAGAAUAGAAUAUGUUAGAUAAUUAACAUGUAAAGGAAUAAUCGAUUAGUUUAUAAAUUAUGAUGAAAAAAUAUACAAAAUUCAUUAUGAAUCAUAUCGUUAUAUGGAAGUAUAUCUAUUAUUUAAAUAAGUAAAAUAACAUAGUUUAACCUUAUGAAACAAUAGUUCACUUAUUAAUAUUUAGAGCAUUUGAAGCUAAAUUAUAAAUUGUUUUUGAUCAAAUUAGUCAAAUUUUAUCGAUUGACUUUUAUUUUGAUAAUUUAACAGAUUCUUUAAAUUAAAUUUCAAAAGAUUAACUUACAGAAUUUUAUAGAGAAUUAUGUUGCUAAACAAUUCAUUUUCUUAUGAAUGUUCAUUUAAUAAUUAGAUUUCAUUUUGAAUAUUCUCAAAACUCAUCCAUUAUUGAACUUAGAAAAUUAAUUUAUGAAAAAGUAUUUGAUCGAAUUUGUGAUUUUAUUAAUUAAACAACAAGUUGGCCAAGAAUGAACAAAGAAGAUAUGAUUUGUUUUUUUGGUAUGCUUACAAUUUUAAUAUCUAAAUGUGAAGUAUUUGGUGGAUAAAAUCUUUAGAAAUAUAAAACAUUUAUAGAAGAUAAAUUUAAUAAUUAUUUAGAAUCAAGAGGAAAUGAUAAAUAAAUCAAAGAAUCGUUAAUUAAUGAAGAUUGUAAAAAAUGUAUGAAAAUAACACUCAAUCAAACAUAAACUAUUUUAUCAAUUGCAAAUAAAUAAUCGAAAUUUUAUGUUUUUGAUUAUAAGGAUCCAUUUCCAGAUACAUUGAAUAUCUUUAAAUCUAUUGAAUACAAGAAAAUCAUUGAUUUGAUAAUGGGUUCAACAGUUUCUUUCAAAAAAUAAAAUAAUUAAUCAAGUUUAAUUUACUAAGGAAAAGAAAGAACAUUGUUGUUAACUCAAACUGUAAAUUAAAUUUAUAUUAUAAUUUAAUAAUAGCUAUUGUACAUUCGUUUUUUUAAAUAACAUAAAGAGAAAUUAAGAGAAGAAUUAAUAUUUUUAAUUAACUAUUAUAUUUAUACAUUAGCUAUUCCAAUAAUAUUAGAUGAACAUAAAAGAUAUAUAUUUGAUGACACUCUGAAUUUUAAUUAUGAUCAAAAGUAAGAACCAGAUUAAUACACUUAAUAAUUUGAACACAAUAGUUAAGUAAUUAUUUAUAGAGAAAGAUAUGGUGAUCUGAUUAGGUAUUUGAAAAAAAUUAAUAUUCCAGAAGAUCUUAAGCUUAAAAAAACCUAACAAUUUGAUCUUAUGGAUAGAGUUGUAUAUAUUGAAUCAAUUAUUUUUCUCAUAAAUGAAUUUGAUUCAAUCAAAGAUGUCUAUUAGGAAUUCAAACCUUUUUAUUCAGAAUUAAACUCAAUGAUAGGUCAACUACAAGAAAUAGUAAUAAGAGAUUGUAUCAAUUUGGAACCGUAUGCAUAAUUAGUUCAAUGCAAAUAUGAAUUGAAAUAAAAUGAUAAAGAAGAUUAACAAAGAAUCUAAUUAAUAGAUAAAAUUAUUACUACUAAUGAAAUUAAAUUAUAAGGAUUAUCUUAAUAGUAAUUGACAGAAAUUUAGAAGCUGUAUUAUGAUGAACUUAUUUAUUUAUUUGCUGUCGUUUAUUCGAGAAUCAAGAAGGUCAAUAAUGUUGGUAGAGAAGUUAUGCUGAAUGAUUAUUAUAAAGUCUCAAAAACUUAUAAUGUUGAAAAUAGUUUGUAUGAAUCCUAUAUAAAAAUUCUUAAUUAAGCUUCAGCUGAAACUAUAAUUGAAUAUAUGAAUAUUCAUUAAGUAAUUUAUUUAUAUAUCAUUAGAAAAUAUUUCCAUAUAAAAUGUUGAUGGGACUUUUUAAUGCUUAAGGAUUAUAGAAUUGUAAGAAACAACUAAGAAAGGAUUAAUUGUUUAAAGUCUUUUAAAAUUACUAGCAAUGA